GACUUCAACCCGGAAGUGAGUGAUUGACAGCCGCCGAACAAAACAUCUGCUUUCGGCAGAAGCGGAGGGUUGACAUUGGAGUAGCAGCACGGACUCAACCGGGAUAAGUUAAACUCCCCUCUAAACUGGCUACAUAGCGUUAAUGAAAUAUUUAGGGGCGCGAUUUGAGAUUCUUUGUCCAUAAAUGUGUUUGUUGUUUUCUUUCUAGCUGCUGUCAUUGCGUCUGAAUGUUGCAAAUCUUUUGUUUUUCUAAGAUAAGAUGGAGCCCUAGUUACUUUCAGGUUAGCCUGAGCUUUGAAACAACAAAAAACAUAUGUGACAAGUGAUUUUCAAGGGGAUUAUUUCCCAGCCGCUGGUUCAAAUGCCUCUUCUGGAAAAGUCCAAAGCAAGAGGGACAAAUAGGCCACAGUUAGACUGGAGGUUUAUCCAGAGGUUCUGCAGCAUCCAGAAGGUUCUGUUCCCAUCAUGGAGCAGUCAAAGUGUUCUGAUGUUUGGGACGCUGCUGGGUGUCACACUGACAGAGCAGCUGAUCAUUUACCAAGUGGGCGUCCUCCCCAGUCAAUUCUACAAUGUGCUCGCAGACAAAAACUAUUCUGGCUUCAGGAGUCUGGUCGGAACAGCCAUGGUGCUCAUUUUACUCAACUCUACACUCAAAAGUAUUGACCAGUACAUUUGCAAUCAAAUGUAUGUGAGCUGGAGGACGACCCUGACUGAGAGCCUUCAUUCGGCCUACUUCCAGGGCAGAGUCUAUUACAUACUAAAUGUGCUCCGGGAGGAUAUAGAUAACCCAGACCAGCGUAUCAGUCAGGAUGUGGAGAGGUUUUGUAAGCAGAUGAGCACCAUGGCCAGUCGUUUAAUUGUCUCACCGUUCACAAUUUCCUACUACACUUACCAGUGCUUUAACAGCACCGGUUGGAUUGGUCCCGUGAGUAUCUUUGGAUAUUUUGUCGUUGGAACCAUUGCCAAUAAAAUCCUUAUGGGGCCUAUUGUUUCAACCCUGUUUGAGCAGGAGAAACUGGAGGGAGACUUCAGAUUCAAGCAUAUGCAAAUCCGUGUCAACGCCGAGUCUGCUGCUUUUUACAGAGCUGGUAAAGUGGAGCACAUGAGAACCGACCGAAGGCUGCAGGCCCUGCUGCAGACCCAGAAGAGCCUCAUCAACAAGGAACUCUGGCUUUAUAUCGGCGUAAACACCUUUGAUUACCUUGGAGGAUUCCUCAGCUAUAUUAUAAUCGCCAUUCCCAUCUUCACCGGUAUUUAUGACGGUCUCACUCCAGGUGAACUCAGUGCACUCAUCAGUAAGAAUGCCUUUGUGUGCAUCUACUUGAUAAACGGCUUCUCGCAGCUAAUAGACCUGUCAACGACUCUGUCAGAUGUGGCGGGAUACACCCACAGGAUCGGGGAGCUGAGGGAGGUGAUGGAUGACAUCCUUCGCAAGCAGUGCGAUUAUGACCCUGCAUCUGGGGAGAGCUACGACUUUGACAGUGACUUUAAUGUCCAUGCGGGUCCUGUGGACACCGCCUUCAUCCUGGACCACCUUUCGUAUAAAUCUCCAUACUCAGACCAGCUCCUGGUUGAAGAUCUGAGUCUAAAAAUCAGCCAGGGCACUCAUCUGCUGGUGGUGGGGAACACAGGCACAGGGAAGACGUCGCUAUUAAGGGUCCUCAACCGUCUCUGGGAAGCACACAGCGGUUUUGUCCAAAUGACUACGUGUUUUGGGCCUAGAGGAACCCUCUUCCUACCUCAGAAACCCUACAUGACAGAUGGGACUCUGCGUGAACAGGUGAUUUACCCCCUGAAGGAUAUCUACCCUGCAUCAGUCUUAUUUUCAGGGUCAGUGGAUGAUGACAGAAUUAUACAGUUCCUGGAACUAGCAGGAGUGUCCAGCCUCCUGAAACGAGCUGGUGGUCUUGAUGAGAAAGUGGACUGGAACUGGUAUGAUGUUCUAUCUCCGGGUGAAAUGCAGCGACUCUCCUUUGCACGACUCUUUUAUCUGCAGCCAAAAUAUGCAGUUUUAGACGAAGCUACAAGUGCUCUAACGGAGGAAGCGGAGGCUCAACUGUACCGGACCUGUAAACAGCUAGGCAUGACUUUAAUCAGUCUGGGACACCGUAGCAGCCUUGAAAAGUACCAUGAUAUGCAACUGAAGCUUUGUGGAGAAGGCCAGUGGGAGUUGACCAAGUUAAAAGGAACCAGUGGGUCCCUCAGCCUCAGACCAGAAGCCACAUGAACACCCGGACAUUUAGGAAAAGAGCCAGAGGACCAAAAGUUCCUUUAAUAGAACUUCUUUUUUAAUCACUUUAAUACUUUUAAACCUCUAACAGCUCAGCUGGGUAGUCUGGAAAAAGACAGAUCAAAUAGUUUUGACUAUUUAUUUUAUAUUCUGAGACAAUGAUCAGUUUUUUGUUUUUAAUAAGGAAGGAAUGUAGUAAUUUAAUUAACAGAAUAAUGG